UCUUCCCCAGAUCCCACCACUGCCUUUCUCUGCUUAACACGAUUGCUUUUCUCACCCCCAUGAUUGCUCCGUGCACACAGUUCCGUGAACCCGCCUGUAACUCCACCGCAUUUGCCCGAUGAAGGUCCCUGCCACCACCACUGCUUCUUCCAUGACCAUAUCUAAUUGGGGUUUUGUGUUUUCGAUUGUUGUCUGCUUUUUCGCAUCUGGGUCGCUCGCAAUCGAGAAUUUCCACCAGGCAUUUCCUAUUGUGGAACCUGAUCCUGGUCAUACAAAACUUCGUCUUUCAAGGGAAGGGUUGGAGGCCAUUGAAAGAAUAACAAAUCCAAUUGCAGCUGUUGCCGUAAUUGGACCAUACCGCUCGGGAAAAUCUUUUUUGCUCAAUCAACUGCUAUCCCUUUCUUGUUAUGAAGGGUUUGGUGUUGGACAUAUGCGUGACACAAAGACAAAAGGGAUUUGGGUAUGGGGAACCCCAAUAGAAUUGGAUAUUGAUGGAGUGAAAACUUCAGUUUUUUACCUUGAUACUGAGGGAUUUGAAAGUGUUGGGAAGUCAAACGUAUAUGAUGACCGAAUUUUUGCUCUGGCAACUGUUAUGAGUUCUGUCCUUGUUUAUAACCUGGCUGAGACGAUCCGUGAAGCUGACAUUGCCCGGUUGUCUUUUGCUGUUGAGCUUGCUGAAGAAUUUUAUGGAAGAGUGAAGGGACAAGAUGUUGCCUUUGAACCUGCAAAACUAUUGUGGCUUAUCCAGCGUGAUUUUUUACAAGGGAAAUCUGUGCAAGAAAUGGUUCGUGAAGCUCUCCUUCACGUCCCUAACAAGGAUGGCAACAAAAAUAUUGAUAUGGUCAACCAGAUCCGAGAUUCUUUGGCUAUUAUGGGUGAUAAUAGCACAGCCUUCAGUUUACCACAACCUCACCUUGACCGAACGAAACUCUGCGACAUGAAGGAUGGUGAGCUCGACCCAUUGUAUGUUAAGAAAAAGGAACAACUAAAACAGCUUGUUUCUAGUAUCAUCCGUCCAAAGAUUGUGCAGGGAAGAACUCUAAGUGGAAAGGAGUUUGUAUCUUUUCUGGAGCAGAUUCUUGAAGCGUUGAACAAGGGGGAGAUUCCAUCAACAGGCUCUCUGGUGGAGGUUUUCAACAAGGGUAUUCUUGAGAGAUGCUUAAAGCUGUACCAUGAAAGGAUGGAAAAACUCAGUUUACCACUCGUAGAGCAAUCUGUGCAAGACUACCAUGAAAGGUCCAUGGAGGAAGUGAUGAAACUUUUUGAGGAGCAACAUUUUGGCCGUCACCAUGCAAAGAAGUCAGUCGAGCAACUACAAGAAGAAGUAGACAAGGUGUUUAAGAAUGUGGUCAUGGCAAACGAAUAUCAAUCUUCAAAGCUCUGUGAGGCAUUGUAUACCAGAUGUGAGGAUAAAAUGGACCAACUUCAAGUUCUCAGGCUUCCUUCCAUGGCAAAAUUCAACGCAGGUUUCCUGCAGUGCAACCAAAGUUUUGAGCAAAAGUGUAUUGGACCUGCAAAAGCAAACUAUGAGGUUCGCAUGAUGAAGAUGUUGGGGAAGUCACGUUCUCUAUUUAUAAAAGAAUACAAUCACCGGCUCUUCAAUUGGUUGGUCGCCUUCUCCCUUGUAAUGGUGGUUGUUGGCCGGUUCAUCAUAAAGUUUAUAUUGAUAGAAAUCGGGGCCUGGAUCCUCUUCAUCUUCUUAGAGACAUACACGAGGAUGUUUUGGUCUGCAGAGUCUCUUUACUACAACUCCGUUUGGCAUGUAAUAGUAUCCACUUGGGAAACACUCGUUUACAGUCCCGUCCUUGAUCUAGACAGAUGGGCUAUCCCAGCCGGUGUCAUGGUAGCUCUGUUCAUACUAUAUUGGCGGUGUUACGGAAGAAGCAAACACGGGUCCGGAUGGAUCUUACCAUUGUACAAUACCAAAAAAGGCGGGUCGAAUCGGCCGAGAUCGGACUAAAGAAAAGAGAUGGCAUGCUUGAUAUAUACUUCGUCUCGGGCAAGAAUGUUUUUGUACAUAAAGCCCGGCCGGCCUAGCAGCUCUUUUGGAGCUGAAAUGUCAGAUUCGUUUCACUCUCCAAUCGUGAAGAGGUGAAGGAUCAAAAGGACUGCUCGUAUAGGUCUAACUGUAACAAUUCCAAAUUGUUUGUAUUGCAGUUAUUUUUUUAAUUAAUUAUUUUAAAGU